AUGAAACUCCCGACCAGGCGCCUCCGCGGCGCGCUGCUCGCGUGUGCCACCGCCGCCGUGCUCUUGGCCGCGGCCCUGGCCGCCGUGACGCUGGCCGUGUACCGCGUCCGCGAGCCCGUGAUGACGAUGAACGCCAUCGCCCUCAAGGACCUGGACGCGGCGUCGUGGGCGGCGCGGCGGCUGACCAUGGUGGUGGACGUGUCGGUGACGAACCCGAACGCGGCGUCGCUGCGGUACCGGCCUAGCGAGACGCGGGUGUACUACCGGUCGCGGCGGGUCGGCGAGGCCGUCGGGCCACCAGGCAUGGCGCACGCGCGUGGCACGGUGCGGCUGAACGUCACCGUCGGCGUGUCCGUCGGCGCGCUGCUGGACGACCCGGGGUUCCUGGCCGACGUCUCGGCCGGAGCGGUGGAGGUGGCCACGUCCACGCGGGUGCGCGGCCGCGUCGCCGCGCUAGGCGGCUUCGUCGUGCGCCGGUGUGUCCUGCUCGAGAUGAACUGCACCGCCACCGUCGCCGUCGCGGACAUGUCCAUCCGGACCCAGAGCUGCCUGCAACGCGUCUGGCUGUGAACGGGCGCAGGGGCGCUUGCUGGUUUGCAUGCUUGCGCUGGCUUACUUUGUCCUUUUCGUUCAGAUUCCACCAAAAUUUCCAAAGUCGGUUUAGUAUAGGUACAGAAAACAUUUUGGUCAAAAUAUGCUGUGACACAGGACCUUGAGCCAAAUCCAAACAGGGUUCGAACUUUUCGCUAAAUUUCAUAAACUUUCAGAUAUAGGAGGUUUUCAAACUUGUGGUGUACCUACGCCUUACUCCGUAGAUAAUUUAAUUAAGUGUCCUAGAAAUUCUGAAAAAAGAACAUGAGUUAUGUAUAUGAGUUAAUA